UUCACUUCGACAGUGUCUUGCAGCUCACCACCCGUUCAAGACUUCUCUUUCAGUUCCAGCCGAGCUUAUCUAUUUUCUUCAAUUCAAAAUGCAUCUUUCUCUAUCCGUACUUGUUGUCUUGUUGGCUUACGUUGCCGCUCAAGAUUAUCCUCAGUACCUCGCUUACCGCAGUCCUUACCAGGCUCCAUUUUAUGGAGAUGGCGCGGAACCAGCAGUAAUUAACGCUGAAGACCCACGACUUUUCCGCCCGACGACAACCACUACAACGACGCUUACUGCCACUUUUACCUGCACAUCUUCCAUCGCAACUCCUUGCCGCAAAAGACGCGGAAUUUUGUAUGCCGGAGAAGAAGAAGAGCAAUUCCCUAUUGCCCCAUCAGCAGUUGAAGGAGUUGAACCCACUCAAGUCCCCAGCCGAGAUGCUCGCGCUGCUGAUCCUCAGGUGUUGCUGAUUUCAGCUCCAUUCGCCUACCAGCAGCCCCAGUCAGGAUUCCACAGCGAUUCUUACCAAUAUCGCCCUGUUGCUCUGCCUUUCUACGCCUCUCGAAACCAGCAACCAGCAGCCAUUGAUGAUCAACGCUUUUUACUAAAUAGCCUCCAAUCCGCUAUAACAGCAACUGUGACCUCGACUGCCUUUACUAUCACAACUUUCACCUUGAAUCCAACUUGCUCUGUCGCCGGCACGAUUGCCCAAUGCCCGACUGCUUAAAUUUGGCGCAUUUCAGAUUAUUGUUAUUUGCUUCCAUUAUGAAUCGGAACACGUUAUUUGUUCCCUAAUUUAAUACACAUUCUUACAGCAUC